GGCUUGUGUUUACUGCAUUUAAAAAAACCCUAGAUCAUUACUCACCCCAACUCCCCUACCCUUGGCUAUUGUUGCCGCUACAGAGGAAGUCUAUCAUCCUUCCUGCUCCUUCUCUGUCUUCGAACUCCACCAGAGUUGCCGCCGAUAUCGUUAUUCCGUUCGAUCUUUCCUCCUUCAUCGCUACUGCGUUCAACUUCUCAUCUCGCAUCUCUACUCGCUUCUGUGCUCUCCUCUCUGAUUACGUCUUUGCUCGCCUCUUCGCCCCGUCUCUGCCCACCCUCUCGGCCCUGGUUUGCAAAGUAACAGCAGACCUCCUUUUGAAGCAGAAAUUUUGUUAAAAGAGGAGCAGCAGCAGCCAAAAGACCAAUGAAUAUACUUUCGAUUGCGCGUAGGUCAUUGAAUUUUGUUUCGAUAAAUCAGUUUCGUCAAACACAUUUGCUCAGACGACUUUCUACACGGCGGGUUCCUGCACUUCAUCAUUUUCGGUCCUCAACACAUGGAUGGCCCAUCAACGCAAAUCCUACUUGCAAAACUUCCUCCCAACUUGCAGCUACCCAAAUAAGAUGGGCAUCUCAAUCUGCAACUACAGAGGAAGACAAUAAGAUUAGCAUUGGACCCCGAAGUGGAGGACAAUCCCAGGAAGAUGACAAGGAAGCUGGAGUUGUUUAUUAUGGUCCAAUCUCAAAUACCAUAAAGAAAGUGAAGCUUCUGUCUCUCUCAACUUGCUGCCUUUCAGUAUCAUUGGGUCCAGUGAUAACCUUCAUGACAUCCCCUGAUAUGAAUGUCAUCCUGAAAGGCGCAGUGGCAUCAUCUGUAAUAUUCUUUAGUGCUUCAACCACUUUUGCCCUUCACUGGUUCGUUAGCCCUUACGUUCACAAACUGAGGUGGCAGCCUGGCUCAGACAGCUUUGAGGUGGAUAUGAUGACGUGGCUCGCAACUUAUACUCCAAAGACUAUUAAGUUUGCUGAUAUUCGUCCACCUCAGACCAAUAGGCCUUUUGUGUCAUUUAAGGCUAACGACAACUUUUACUUCGUCGAUGCAGAGCACUGUCAUAACAAGGCACUUCUGGCCAGACUCACCCCACGAAAAGAAACUCAUCACGACUCAGCUUUCAAAAACUUGUGAUUUGAAACAUAUUUUAUAGUAAUUUACCUUUUGGAUAAGUGAGGAGUAUUUAGCCCUGCCUUGGAAUUAUGCUUCCCUUGAGAUUUGAUCUCUUGUACGGAUGGUAUAAACUCUCUUAGAUUUGAUAAAUAAUGUGCACAGUUGGUGUGGCAAUUUAUGUUA